CUAUAUAACCCCCAAGCCUUGUGAUUCUAAUAUCAGUCCUCUCCUCCAUCCUCUCUCUCUCUCUCUCUCUCAUGGAGACACAAAACCUCUUUUUCUUCUCCCUUUGUUUCUUCCUCUUUUCCCUUCUCACAGGGAAUCAAAGUGUGCAAGGUUCUUCUCAUCACCAUCACUACCAGCUCCACCAUGGUCUGUAUGGUUUUCAGCCAACGAAGCUGUUCGUAUUCGGGGACUCGUAUGCAGAUACAGGAAACACCAGGAUAAAAAACUCUAGUUCUUGGAAGUUCCCCUAUGGUAUUACCUUUCCUGGAAAACCAACCGGCCGUUUCUCAUCGGGUCGUGUCCUCACUGAUUACAUUGCUAAGUCUCUGGGAUUAAAGACUCCGAUUGCAUACAGAUGGACAAACUAUGAACCAGAUCAUGUGCAAUAUGGGAUAAAUUUUGCAUAUGGAGGGACUGGUGUGUUCAAAACAUUGCUUCCGGGACCAAACAUGACAACACAGAUUGACAUUUUCCAAAGCCUUAUCAAUGAUGGUUCUCCUAUCUACAACACAUCAGACUUGCAGUCCUCUUUGGCACUAGUCACUCUUUCUGGCAAUGACUACAGUGCAUACGUCGCUAAAGGCGGCUCUCAAACGGAUUUGGAAACAUUCAUAAAUCUGGUAGUGAAUCAACUUAAGACGAACUUGGAACGCAUUCAUGGGACGGGAGUAAAAAAAGUAGCAGUAGCAGCUCUGCAGCCCCUUGGAUGUCUCCCUGGCCGCACCAUUCAAAAUUCUUUCCAACAAUGCAAUGAUACUGACAACAAAGCUGCCACUUAUCACAACCGCUUACUCACUGAAGCUGUGGCAAACCUCAACAAUGGCACCAAUGACUCCCCAUUUGUCAUCCUUGAUCUUUAUGACUCUUUCAUUUCAGUACUCCAGAACAAAUCAGGAAGUGUGAAGUUUGAGACUCCAUUGAAGCCAUGUUGUUUAGGUAUAAGCAGUGAGUAUUCAUGUGGUGACAUCGAUGACAAAGGAGAAAAGCUGUACACAGUGUGUGAAAACCCCGAAAAUGCAUUCUUUUGGGACAUGUAUCAUCCAACACAAGCUGGAUGGCAUGCAGCGUUCUUAGCUCUGAAUUCCCCUCUUUGAACAAAAAUUAUUUACUCUCUACAGAUCACUUGGCCAGAAAUAAACUUGGUGGUGUUAAUUUGUUUGUAAUUCCUUUCAUUUUAUUUGUUAUUAAAAACUUGUAUUAGAGCUUCUACUAGUUUUAUUUUAAAUUUGUAAUAACAAUAAAUAUCCAUGUCCAUAUCAUGGGUGCCACAAUUCUGGUGUAACCUGAAUUGUUCAAGUGUCACAAAUAAGAGCAACCCCAGUGGUUAUUAUCA